AUGCGAAUUAUCAUCGAAACUUCUUGGGACGUCGUGUAUCUUUGUGGAUAUUUCUCUUUGGUUGUCUACUUUCAAUAUGCAAUCUUCACAACAAUCAUGUACACCUACAUGACUAAACUAAACCCGUCAGUUGGUCCGACUACGUUCGGUCUUGCUGUAACCUUCCACGGAGUUGGACACUGUUUAGGAGCACUAGCAGCUGCAUGGUGGACAAAUAAGCGAUACAAAGCGAAGAAACCUCUGUUAGCUGGAUAUUUGUUCAUGCUCUUAUCAAAUUGUCUCUUCCUUCUCGCUGAUCAUGUUCCAAUGGAAUUGGCAGCUCCAUUCAUAAUGUUGUGCAGAUUUUUGGGUGGUUUGGGAAUGGGAAACACAUCCACUCUUCGCACAACUUUAACUGCUCACUCCAUGUCCGACGAUCGUGCUAAAGCUAUGUCAGUUUUCAUUGGAGGACGUGCUCUCGGACUGAUCCUUGGUCCUGGUCUCCAAUUGAUUUUUCUAUUCUUCGGAGAUACAGGACUACAUCUCUUUGGACCUUUGUACAUCCACUCCCACAAUGCUGCUGCGUUCAUUUCAAUAACUCUCAACAUAUCCGCAAUCGUUGCCCUUUACACACUUUAUCAUGAAAUCGAGAGGAAUGGAAAUAGUUGCAGUCAGAGGAGCAUUGAAGACGAUGAAAACUGGCCGUGUCCUGAUAAACUGGCAAUGUUCGUCUGUAUGCUAACCAGAUACUGUCAAAACUUCACCUACUACGCUAUCGAAACCCUAGCUCCCGCAUUCAUCAUGAUGAUGUUCAAUAUGGAAAGAGACGCUGCCGUCGGUAUAAUGUCCGUCGUAUUCUUCAUCUCUGGAGUCUUUGCCAUUACUCUCUACAGCACUUUCAUAUUUAGCGAUGUGGCAAGAAAACUGAAUAUUGGAAAAAUGAAUACAGCAAGUCUUUUGAUAUUCGCAAUUUAUAUUCUCGCUACUUAUCAAUGGCCCUUCAUUCCAAAAAAUGUGGUUGUGAAUACAGAUGGAACCCACGGAGGAUGUGAUUAUUCUCUUUAUUCAUGGUGCCUCGGACUACCCAAAGCUUCCCAGGAGUUGUUCUACAUUGGAUAUAUCAUCUCGUUUGGUGGAUGUGUUCCAUUCAUAAACGUCGGCGAUGCCACUCUAUAUUCAAAACUAUUCAAUCCAGUUGGACAGGCACUGGAACAGAGUCUGUACGAUGUUUCACAGAUCUUCGCAAGAGUCGUCGCUCCUGUUUUGUGCACAGCAAUCUAUUCGUCAUUCGGUCCUCAAAGGGUUUGGGAGCUACUAUUCUUCCAAUUGUUUUUGGUCACUGUCUUUUGGAUUGCAUUCGCUCAUCGAAUGAUUCCACUCCGGCCGAAACCUCGUCCUGUCUUCUAUCUCGAAUAA